CAACGUAACUUAAACCCCCUUUCUGUCACAAUUCACAAAUUAAUCUAGCAAUGAUGUUCUCAGAACUUCAGAGGCAGCUACCAACUAUACACAUUGAUGAAAGUGUUAAAAUUGAGAAUGCUUGGGUAGAAGCACACGGCCUUGAUGGCAGAGAUUUCAAUGUCAAUUUUUUGCAUCCUAUUGCGGAUAAUAUUUUCAUCCUCAAAAAGAUAGUAUUGAAAUGUUUGAGCAAGCAAGGUCUACACUCAACCGUAAUCUGUCUAUUAAGCACGCUGUCCACAUAUUCAUGGGAAGCCAAGCUAACAAUGAUGCUUGCUUCUUUCGCCAUUAUCCAUGGAGAAUCCAACGUGAAAGGAUUGGCACUUCUCAAGCGAAGUGUAAACAUAGUACUAUCCUUUGAUAAUCGAAAACAAGUUGACGACUCCAUCAAAUCCAUCUUAGAUCUCGCCAAAUGUAUCGUUGAUCACAACAAUCAACUAUCGUAUUCCUCUGCGCUACAAAAUUCAACGUUACCUAUUACAAACUACUGGAUUGCAAGAAGUGUUACGUUCUUUAUGCAACACAUUUUGCCCGGCCACCUUCUUAUGAUGGGAAUCAAGCCACAAAAUCAGCUAAUAAAGGAACUAUCCAGUUUAACUGCGAAAGUGAAAGACAUAAUCACCGCUUGCAACCCACUACUAGAGGAGAAGAGAGCAGAGGAAUCUUAUGAAGCAUAAUUGAAGCAUGUGCUCCAUUUCAAAUAAAAGGGAGCAGAGGAAUCUUAUAAAACAUAAUUGAAAUAUGUGUUUCAUCUCAACUAAAAGGGAACAGAGGAAUCUUAUAAAGCAUAAUUGAAGCAUCUGCCCCAUCUCAACUAAAACGGAGAAGAGGAAUCUUAUAAAGCAUAAUUGAAGCAUGUGCUCCAUCUCAACAAAAAGGCUAAGCUGAUAGUCGGAUAUAUAUGUGUGCGGGCCCGAUUACUUUUUGAUAAGCUCCAAGCAACACGUGAAUUAUAGUCUCUUUUUUAUCGUGUGGCGCGGAGAUUCAAACCCAUGCAUAGGGAUGUCAAUUUAGCCCUGAACCAAUGGGCUGGCCCAAUAAGCCCUAAAAAUUGCAGGGCUAAAAUCCAAAAAGAUCAAUCCAAUAAAAAUGUAAGCUCAUUGGGUUGGCCCUAUCGGGUUAUUGGAUUGAGUUGGGCCAGCUCAUGGAUUGUUGAGCUGGCCCGUGUAAUAUCCAAUCAUUAUUAGGGUACAUUUUUAAUAUAAUAAAUG